AACAACUCGAUAGAUUCCAAGUUGGUUUAGCCGCACGUGUUGCAUUGUUUUGAUUCGGAUUUUAUUAAUUUAACUGCCUAAAAAUGUCUAAGUUUUUAUCAUAUUACAAUUUAUUCCCUAUACCGGAUCCCAAAGAGUUUCUGGGCAUGGCGGCCGACAAGGAAUCGGGAAAUGUAAUCACUACGCUGGCACGCAAUGUUGUUGUUAUUUUGAAUAUUAGUACCCAUAAGCAGUUGCACAGCUGGUCCAUGCCAGAAAAGUUAUCCACAAAGGUAGUCUACGAUCCAAAUAGUGAGAAAUACGUUGGGGUCUUUGGAAACCAUUCGAUACGCCUGUGGGAUGUGGACACUCCCGAUAUAUCCAAGUGCAAAAAAUUAAAGUUCCAGAAGAGCAUUGCGCAUGUGGUGUAUACAGAUGAUGAAGUACUCGUUUUAUAUAGCGAUGGCUCCUGCCAGCCGCUUUCAAAAGCCUUGGAGUCUCGGAAAAAUCAGAAAGAGGAUACGGCCGAGCAGUUAGCUCUUGCCGCCAGCAAAACACUCAGCAAGCCAACAGUUCAUACUCUUGAAAAUGGGCUGAAAUUGCUAACGUUUUUCGAGGAAACGCAUGCUACGGGUGAAUUUAAUCUGAUACGACAAGACUUAUCCGGUCCCCAAAAACGUGUCUAUCCCAUAAAGAGGGAGACCGUACGCCUUAGCGGUUACGCUGUCGUUGAAGGCGACAGUGGCCCACAAUUGCUGACUAUUUGGUCCGAUAAGCGCAUCUUCAUACUUAAUCUUGGAGAACGCUCCCACGAAUCUUCACCGGGUCAAUUUGUGUCAACGCUUGCCGAACUCAAUGUGGAGAGCAAACUGUCAGUUUGUGGUCUAUCGCGGAACUUUGCGGCCAUCUACGGCGCUAACUAUGGCCAAGAAGGCGCCUCACUGCUUGUCUACAACACGCAGUUUAAGAUCGUCAAUGCCAAGCAAUACUUUAAAGUUUAUUUGGAUUUCUCCCGUUUGUGGGCACGCGACGAACACAUCCUGCUGGCCAUGGGCAGGAAUAUUGCCGCAGUGGAGUAUCGCAUGAAUUCCGAGCUGCUGGUGGAUAUGCUGGGCUCGCAGUUGAAUGAAACACACUUGACGCCCAUUGAGCUGGAUCAUAUUAAUGAGGAGGAAUCCCUAGAGGCGGCGAUCAAAUUUGCAGGCAGCAGUCGCUAUCAGGCAGCAAAUAAUAAAGUUCAGAACCCUAAGCUGUCGAAGCAACUCUUAGCAGAACUCCCACCUUCCAAUGGCAAAACUGUGGCUUUUGAAUCACCAGAAAUAUCGAAGAACGAACUAAACGACAUCAUCAAACAGCAUGUUGAUGGGGAGGUGAUGCAAGUGGCCAACGGACUGGAGGAUGUCAAUAUUACGCUGAUGACCAACUAUUUUGAUGAGGGGCCACAGAAUUUGGCCGUGCAAGCAAUAGUGAGGCAAUUGGAACGCAGUGGCGCUGGCGAGGAGGAGAUCACAGAGAAACUCCUAACGCUUUUCAUUAAAACGCGAAACACGGAGCACAUUCUGAUGUGUGUGCGCCGCUACACAAACAUCUCGGAGCAUAUGCUAGCCUGGUGCUUGCGCUAUGCGCUAGACAACAUUUCAGCGCCUCUCACCAAUGGUGAUGCCAUGGAAACUGAUGACGAUGCCAGCAAGCCGAUUAAUGAUGAGCUACUUAAUGCAGUGCUCGCCUGCAGCUUCAAUUCCACGGCAAUCGAGCAGCAUCUCAAGCAACGUCUGGAAAUGUCGCAUGUUCAGCGUCUGCUGCGUCACUUAUAUGUGCUAGCUACCGAUCCCGAUGUGCUGCUCGAAGAGCGCCCCAGCCUAGAUAAUAUUUCGCUGGGCAAUACGCCCACAGAGCUGCAAGCGUUCCAAUGGCUGAGCGCCUUGCUCACUUCACACCUACCUUUGUUGACCAUCUCCAAAGAUGAAGAGCUGAUGGCAAUGCUAACCCAGUGGGCGGAACUAUUCCAGAUCUAUGCAAACACUUUGGAGCCACUAGCCAUGGCUCUGCCACUGCUCAACAAUAUUAUUGAGCGACACCGACCGAAAGAUCCGUACCCCUAUCUGUGGUAUGGCAUUGAGAAAGUUAAGCUUUACUAAAUUAUGCUAAAGUUGUUCUUAAUACAAAUUAUUGUUAAUCGUUAAGCAAAUAAAUGUAGAAUUAAAGCCAA